AAAUUAAGAUUAUCAUCUAUAUCAUUUAUAUCAUUUAAAUAACAAAGCUAUUUCUUAAAAUGUCAGCAACUAAUGAAAAUUUAUGAUAAAGUAAUAUGAUAGCACUAAAAUAGUUGCCAGUAUGGCUUCAAAUACUCGAAAAAAUAAUUUCAAGGUUGUUUUACUUGGAGAGGGUUGUGUUGGAAAAACAAGUAUUUUGUUACGCUAUUGCCAAGAUAAAUUCAAUGACAAACAUUUAACCACUUUACAGGCUGCAUUUUUAAAUCGACGCUUAAAUAUAGAUUCUAAAAGAAUAAAUCUUUCCAUUUGGGAUACUGCAGGUCAAGAGCGAUUUCAUGCACUUGGUCCCAUCUAUUAUAGAGAUAGUCAAGGAGCGAUCUUAGUUUAUGACAUUACAGAUGAGGAUUCUUUUCAAAAGGUGAAGAAUUGGGUCAAAGAAUUACGUAAAAUGUUAGGUGAAGAAAUUUGCUUGUGUAUAGCAGGGAAUAAAAUUGAUAUGGAAAAAGAAAGACAUGUGCUGGUUUCUGAAGCAGAAGAGUAUGCGAAAUCUGUUGGUGCCAAGCAUUAUCAUACUUCAGCAAAACUGAAUCGCGGAAUCGAAGAAAUGUUUCUUGAUCUAACGAAAAGUAUGGUUGAGAAGCAAACUCUCGAGGAGGCUGAAAUUGAAUCCAAUCCAAAUUCUGCUAAAGCCAAAGAGCUAUCUCUUCGUAAAAAAAACGUUGUAAUAAUUGAGGAAGAACCUCAAAAAAAAUCAGGAUGUUGCUCAUCGAAGUGAAAAACUAUUAUGUCGCUUAGAUAAAUGAAAUUUUACUUAAUGGUCAAAAAGCUAAUUGACUAAUUCAAAUGCACCUGAAAACUAAUAAGUGAAAAGCGGGAUUACUCUUGAAGUUGUGUUUAGUUUUAUGUUAAAUGUAGUCUUUGUAGCUGCAUCAAAACAAUUUAAAACGCGAAUCCGAAAACUGACCCAAACUCUCUUUUUCUUUGUUUGAAUCGUUGCUUGAAUAUAUUGAAAUUUUUGCAAAGUUGUUGAAAAAGCUCUUAAAUGUCAGUUAAAAAUUUUUUGUUAUUGUUUUUGUUAAUUUUUUAAAAUAAAUUCUGUAAAUUAAUUUUAACGCUAAUGAAAAUAUCAUAAUUGAAUUUGUACAUUAAAAGCAUUUAUCUAACAGUAUUACUCCCAUCAGCAAAACAUAAACAUCAAUGCUGAAGUAUUCAUGAGCAGAAAUUUUAUUUAAACAUAGGAAUCAGUUUUACGAUACUAUAACCAAUAAAAUGAUUCAAAAUGA